GCCGACAAAUACUCCAUCCCCGUCGUAGUCGACGAGACCAUAGGGUCCUUCUGCAACAUCGACGUUACCCCAGUAUCCGACGUCGUGAUCACCUCCACCACCAAGGCCGUCAGCGGUUACGCCAACGUAAUGGGCGGCUCCAUCGUCCUCCCCCCAACCUCUCCCUUCCACACCCCCCUAAAAUCCACCCUCACCACCCAAUUCCGCAACGAAUACUUCCACGCCGACGCCGUCAAGCUGCUGGCCAACUCCCGCGACUAUUUCGCCCGUUCCGCCACCCUCAACGCCAACGCCCUAGCCUUAGCUACCUUCUUACACUCGUACACUCAACCUCGGCUAGAAACGCCGUCGUUACCUGCUCUGGUGAAGGCAGUUCUUUACCCGCCUUUUACUGAUACACAUGCGCAUUACCAAGCUAUGAUGCGACAACCCUUUGCCCAGCCGCUCCAGCAACAACAACCCCCAACGGACCCUCAACAACACCCCACAGAGUCACAAACACCAACCAACGCGAUAAAAUUCACCCCCGGCCACGGCUGCCUCCUCGCCCUAGACUUCCCCACCCUCCAAACAGCCAAAUCCUUCUACAACCACCUCUCCGUGCACCACGGCCCGCACCUAGGCGCGCACCGCACCCUAGCUUUCCCUUUCAACGACGCCAUCUGGGGUACGGCAGACCCCGAGGCCGCCGAGUAUCUCAAGACGUUUGGAGCGAAUCCGGAACAGGUAAGGAUUAGUGUUGGGUUGGAGCCGGUGGGGGAGUUGAUUGAGGCUUUUGGGGCGGCGCUGGAGGUUGCGGGGGGGGUUUUGAGGGAGGAGUUGGGGGGGAAGGUGGAGGCGGAGUAG